AUGGCCUCACGAUCGCUGGGCGAGCGACUGCUCCGUCCCUCGUCCUUCUCACGCAUACCGCAAUGCUCAAGACGGACAACACCAUCCUGGGCAUGCCAACGGGCCAUAUCGAACACGCCAAGGCAACUUGCACAGCCACUGAGGAAAGACGAUGCCCAAAAAUAUGUACCCGAGCAGGAAGCUCAACGACCACAAAUCCGCCGCGUCACUGAGCGAGCAGCCGCAAGACCGCAGCCCACCCAAAACGAGACGACACAGACAAUCGACUCCCUCUUCGGCGGCAUGACCACGAACAGGGCGCCGUAUAUGCCACGGGACGCAGCGCCUACCUCACCAGCCAACCGCGUCUUUGGGGCCGACUUCGCAGGUACCAAGAGCAGACGGCCUGCCCACAAGCCAGGCCUAAAUUUCGGCGACAUGUCAUUGCCCGAGGAUAUGAUCAACCCGAGUCUUGCCAACAAACCUUCAGAUGCGUCCUCGCUCGCCGUACAGCAGGAAGAGACAUUCUCUCAGUUCCCACGCUUGAACCCCACAUACGGACGUACUGUAGAGCUAGAUGCUAGCCGCGGACGUGAUAUUGUGAGGGGUAUUGGCAUGCUGGGAAGUUUGAUGGCAAGGAACAAAGUCAAGAGUGACUUCAACAAACAGAGGUUCCACGAGAGAGGCGGGCUGAAGAGGAAGCGGUUGGCGUCUGAGAGGUGGAGGGCGAGGUUCAAGAAGGGUUUCCGGGAUGUGACCGACCGGGUGACAGAACUAACGAGGAAGGGAUGGUAA